AUGGCUGCCAUGACUUCUUUCACUGCCCGCUUCCCAGUUGAGCAAGGCCGUUCCGGCUACAACAAAGACGGCAAUGGAGAUGACGAGGAGGACAGCAAGUUCGUCAACUACGGCCGGUCUGGCUACAACAAGGGCGACAAAGGUGACGAUGGAGAGGACGACCAGGCCGACCAGAACUAA